AUGUCUAAAGGUGUUGCUUUAAUCACUGGUGCUGGUCAAGGCAUUGGCCGUUCCAUUUCUCUUAGGCUGGCUGCCGAUGGCUUCGACAUUGGACUCAGUGAUAUUCCUACCAAUAAGUCGAACCUUGAAGAGGUCGCGCGGGAGAUAACGAGGACUUUUGCAGGACGAAGGGCCUGCGUACUUCUUGCAGAUGUCACAGUCGAGGAUGACGUUUGUAAGAUGGUGGACGGCGUCGUGAACGAGCUUGGUGGUUUGGAUGUCAUGGUCGCAAAUGCAGGUAUCAUUGCAGUCGCACCAUUGGUGGAAACUACAUUGGCAGACUGGGAAAAGAUCUUUGCCGUCAAUGUCACGGGCGUGUUUUUAAGCUACAAAUACGCCGCUCAAAAGAUGAUUGCCUUGAAUGAGACCCACAAACGAGGUCGGCGCAUCAUCGGCGCCAGCUCCCUAGCAGGGAAAAAAGGUGACCAAUACCUUAGCGCGUAUUGUGCUUCCAAGUUUGCUGUCCGAGGAAUUACACAGUCUGCUGCCGUCGAACUUGGACGCCACGGUAUCACCGUAAAUGCUUAUGCUCCGGGAAUAAUUAUGACGGAUAUGAGUAACAUGAAGCUGAUGGGAUCAACUGACCUUAGUGCCCAUAACGAAAAGGUAAGACAAGACAUUAGGGCUGUUCUCACGAAUUCGUUCAAGCAUUCCUCCAAUACGUGUGUCGGUUAUUUUGGGGUUCCAGACGACAUUGCGGGACUGGUCUCUUACAUUGCCUCCCCAGAAUCUCAUUUUAUCACAGGUAAGCAUUAUGGAAUCCUUUUCGCUAAACAUCACAUCAGAUGUUCGUUACUAAUCAGUAACACUAAUAUUUGUGUCACACAAGUGGUCACCGCACUGACUCUUACACCACCGGCUACCAUGUCUAAAGGUGUUGCUCUAAUCACUGGUGCUGGUCAAGGCAUUGGUCGUUCCAUUUCUCUUAGGCUGGCUGCUGAUGGCUUCGACAUUGGACUCAGUGAUAUUCCUACCAACAAGUCGAACCUUGAGGAGGUCGCGCGGGAGAUAACGAGGACUUAUGCAGGACGAAGGACCUGCGUACUUCUUGCAGAUGUUACAGUCGAAGAUGACGUUUGUAAGAUGGUGGACGGCGUCGUGAACGAGCUUGGUGGUUUGGAUGUCAUGGUCGCAAAUGCAGGUAUCAUUGCAGUCGCACCAUUGGUAGAAACUACAUUGGCAGACUGGGAAAAGAUCUUUGCCGUCAAUGUCACGGGCGUGUUUUUAAGCUACAAAUACGCCGCUCAAAAGAUGAUUGCCUUGAAUGAGACCCACAAACGAGGUCGGCGCAUCAUCGGCGCCAGCUCCCUAGUAGGGAAAAGAGGUGUGUGUGAACAAUACCUUAGCGCGUAUUCUGCUUCCAAGUUUGCAGUCCGAGGAAUUACACAAUCUGCUGCUAUCGAACUUGGAUGCCACGGCAUCACCGUGAAUGCCUAUGCUCCAGGACCAAUUAUGACGGCUAUGGGUAAUGGCUAUAACGAAAAGGUAAGACAAGAUAGUAGGGUUGUUCUCACGACUUCAUUCAAGCAUUCCUCCAACACGUGUGUCGGGUAUUUGGGGGUUCCAGACGACAUUGCGGGACUGGUCUCUUACAUUGCCUCCCCAGAAUCUCAUUUUAUCACAGGUAAGCAUUAUGGAACCUUUUCGUUGCCUGUCUUCACGUGA